CUACACCCUACUUAAACCCUACCAUUUUGGUCAGUCCCAAAAUUCGUUAUCUUUUAGUUCCCCAAAAAACAUAAGCACGAAAUUGUUAUUCUGCUGCUUAUUGCUGAAGUGGUUUUUAUCACAUAAAGGGCCCUCAGCCACACACACGCACCCACUUUAAUCAAAACAGAUACACUCAUAUCUGAUUGCUGAAGUGGUUUUUAAUCAUUUUCCUCAUAUUUCCUUUUCCUCAUAGACAAUAUAAAUUUCAUUUAAUUUAAUAUGAUAGUUUAAUAAGAGAAAUAAUUGAGAUUCUUUUCCGAUUUCAUCGUCAGUCGCCACCGUUUCACAGAUAGAGAAAUAAAAGAACGGGCGGAAAAAGGAUCGGAGCUAGGGAUAUUGUUUGGCAAAAUGAAGUCUGGAAAUGCCAACUUUUGAGAAUUCGAGCUCCGAUCUCAUUGCCUUACUCAGCAAUUUAGGGUUUUUUCCAGGUAGAAAUGGAUGUGGAUUCUGCUAUGGCUACGGAGCCCGACCACGAUCCGUCCGAGCUGUCUAGCACGGCUAAUGGUGCGGGGCAGCCCACAGAAUCUGAAUCCGAGACCUCUUCGUCUCAGCAGCAGCAUCAGAAUAAUAGAAGCGAUAGUUACAGUGGUGGUGGUGGAGGAGGAGCGGUGAUGGCGGGGCCGCGGUGUGCGCCGACGUACAGUGUGGUGAAUGCCAUAAUGGAGAAGAAGGAGGAUGGGCCGGGACCGAGGUGUGGCCACACGCUGACGGCUGUGCCUUCCGUUGGUGAGGAGGGGACCCCCGGGUAUAUUGGCCCUAGAUUAAUUCUGUUCGGAGGGGCUACGGCUCUUGAGGGGAAUUCCAGUCAGUCGGGGACUCCGUCGUCGGUCGGAAGUGCUGGGAUUCGUCUGGCUGGAGCUACUGCCGAUGUGCACUGUUAUGAUGUUUUGACCAAUAAAUGGUCUCGGAUAACUCCAAUUGGAGAACCACCCACACCUCGUGCUGCUCACGUGGCAACUACUGUUGGCACCAUGGUUGUUAUUCAGGGUGGGAUAGGUCCCGCUGGUUUGUCUGCUGAAGAUCUUCAUGUUCUGGACCUUACACAACAACGGCCAAGAUGGCAUAGGGUUGUGGUUCAAGGUCCUGGGCCAGGGCCACGAUAUGGCCAUGUGAUGGCUUUGGUUGGACAAAGAUAUCUUAUGGCAAUUGGAGGAAAUGAUGGAAAACGACCUUUGGCUGAUGUAUGGGCACUGGACACUGCUGCAAAGCCAUAUGAAUGGCGGAAACUGGAACCAGAAGGCGAAGGUCCACCUCCUUGCAUGUAUGCAACAGCGAGUGCUCGCUCUGAUGGUCUUCUUCUGCUCUGUGGUGGGAGGGAUGCAAAUAGUGUGCCACUUGCUAGUGCAUAUGGGCUUGCUAAACAUAGAGAUGGUCGUUGGGAAUGGGCCAUUGCUCCUGGUGUCUCACCAUCUUCAAGAUAUCAGCAUGCAGCUGUAUUUGUUAAUGCACGCCUUCACGUAUCUGGAGGGGCUCUUGGUGGCGGGCGCAUGGUAGAAGACUCUUCAAGUGUGGCUGUUUUGGAUACGGCUGCUGGAGUCUGGUGUGACACGAAGUCUGUUGUUACGAGUCCAAGGACUGGACGAUACAGUGCAGAUGCUGCUGGUGGUGAUGCAGCAGUUGAGUUAACAAGGCGCUGUAGGCAUGCUGCAGCUGCUGUUGGUGAUUUGAUUUUCAUUUAUGGUGGUUUACGCGGUGGGGUGCUUUUGGAUGACUUGCUAGUAGCUGAGGACCUGGCAGCAGCUGAGACAACUAGUGCGGCUUCUCAUGCAGCGGCAGCAGCCGCUGCUUCCAGUGUGCAGCAACGAAGGUUACAAGGUAGAUACGGCUUCACAGAUGAAAGGAAUGUAACAAAUGUGCCCGAAACUGAUGCUGUUGUGGUAGGAAACCCCGUUGCUCCCCCUGUAAAUGGUGAUAUUUAUACAGAUAUAAGUACGGAAAACGCAGCUCUUCAAGGUUCACGGUCAAGCAAAGGUGUCGAGUACUUAGUUGAGGCUGCUGCAGCAGAAGCUGAGGCUAUUACUGCUGCUUUGGCAGCUGCUAAAGCCCGGCAGGUUAAUGGAGAAGUUGAGCUACCUGAUAGAGAUCGUGGGGCUGAGGCUACACCGAGCGGAAAACAGAUAUCAACCUUGAUCAAGCCUGAUUCUGCUGUGUUGACUGGUUCUGCUUCUACUGGAGUUAGGCUUCAUCAUCGUGCUGUUGUUGUGGCAGCAGAGACUGGUGGUGCUUUGGGUGGUAUGGUCAGACAGCUUUCAAUUGAUCAGUUUGAAAAUGAAGGCAGGCGCGUCAGUUAUGGAACUCCGGAAAGUGCAACGGCAGCUAGGAAACUUUUAGAUCGGCAGAUGUCUAUCAACAGUGUACCAAAGAAGGUGAUUGCUCAUCUUUUGAAACCUCGUGGUUGGAAGCCUCCAGUUCGAAGACAAUUUUUCUUGGACUGCAAUGAGAUUGCAGAUCUUUGUGAUAGUGCUGAGAGGAUAUUUGCAAGUGAACCUAGUGUACUACAGCUGAAGGCUCCUAUUAAGAUAUUUGGUGACUUACAUGGGCAAUUUGGGGAUCUUAUGCGGCUUUUUGAUGAGUAUGGAUCACCUUCUACAGCUGGGGACAUAUCGUAUAUUGAUUAUCUUUUCUUGGGAGAUUAUGUUGACCGUGGACAACACAGCUUGGAAACCAUAACUCUUCUCCUAGCUUUAAAGGUUGAGCAUCCCCAUCAAAUACAUUUAAUACGUGGUAAUCAUGAAGCCGCAGAUAUCAAUGCUCUUUUUGGCUUCCGAAUUGAGUGCAUUGAGCGCAUGGGUGAGAGAGAUGGAAUAUGGGCAUGGCACCGGAUCAACAGAUUGUUCAACUGGCUUCCUCUGGCUGCAUUAAUCGAGAAAAAAAUUAUUUGUAUGCAUGGUGGUAUAGGAAGAUCAAUUAACCAUGUGGAGCAGAUCCAGACUAUACAGCGUCCAAUUGCAAUGGAAGCAGGAUCUAUUGUUCUUAUGGACUUAUUGUGGUCUGAUCCCACUGAAAACGACAGUGUGGAAGGUUUGAGGCCAAAUGCAAGGGGUCCUGGAUUGCCUGAUCGUGUAAUGGAAUUUUGUAAUAACAACGAUCUUCAGUUGAUUGUUCGAGCCCACGAGUGUGUAAUGGAUGGAUUUGAACGAUUUGCGCAGGGGCAUCUGAUUACUCUCUUUUCAGCCACAAACUACUGUGGUACUGCAAAUAAUGCUGGUGCUAUCUUGGUUCUUGGUAGAGAUUUAGUGGUUGUACCAAAGCUAAUUCAUCCUUUACCUCCUGCACUUUCUUCUCCAGAGACCUCUCCCGAACGUCAUAUAGAAGACACAUGGAUGCAGGAACUUAAUGCCAACAGACCAGCUACACCUACCAGAGGCCGUCCGCAAGUACCUAACGACAGAGGUUCUCUUGCUUGGAUUUAAUCUAAUGCUCCACAGAUUGUUUUAACUAAAUACACUUCUCCCAGGCUUUCAUGCUAACACCUGGAAAUUUCCAGAGAUUUGUACAUAGCAUGUUGGCUGGCCCCCAUAUGUGGAUUAAUCCCAUCAAGAGAGCUUCAAAUCUUCUCGGAGACCUUCGAGCUGUCGGGAUCUUUUUGCAUUGCUCAAGAAAAAGCCUAAACAUGAUGAAGAGAUGUGUUUGAACUGCAGGUUUUUCGACUCUUAACGUGCUGCUGCAUAAAAGUCUUCGUUGCCCCAAAUGAUGAAUAUAUGCUGUUAAGAGAAGGUUCGAAACUAGGAGUAUUGGGUCGUUUUCUCGUCAGGCUGGGUUAUUGCUUGUCGGCAUUAUGAAAUUUUCCUUGGUUCCUUGUAAGUUUGUAUUUGUUAUUAUUUUUUGAUAAAAUCAGUGUUUUUAAGAGGACGUGAAGUCAUUACAUAUGUGAUUUGUAAGAUUUCAGCUUAGAAAUUUUCUUGUUGGUUCAUGUAAAAUAUUGAGGGAUUUUGCUAUGUGUUUCCUUUGUGUCUUUGUGUAGUAAUUGGAUUCUGGUCGGUGUACAAUGUAACAUUAGUGAGAAGAUGAGAAUCGCGAUCUGGGUUUUUCAUAUUUAGUUAGUGAAUUUUGCUAUUUUUCUUAUUGAAAA